GUCUUUUUUUGGCCAAAAAAACCCACGAAGCUCCCGUAUUUCUCUUUGCCUCGAUACGUAUUCGCUCCUCUUUCGCCUUCCCUGCCGACAGUCGACCGUGAGAAGCGGAGGAAUCGAGUGGAUCGGCUGCAGCCCCGUCCCGUCAUCGUGGCCUCCAACGGGAGGUCCGCCGGCGUGAAAGCAGGGGCGCGGCAAGCCCGAGUGGAUCGGCUGCAGCCCCGUCCCGUCGCCGCAGCUAUGGCGCCGCCGCCACGCCCGUCCCAGAUUGCAGCCUCUCUCGCCGCAAGACCGUCUCCUCCUCUUGAUUCGUCGUCGCACCAAAGUCCAGGUCUUGGAGAUGCCUGCGAGGGGGGCAGCCAUGGUGGAGCUCGGGUCUGGAUAGUGGAGGUGGUGGUGGAUGUUGUGCCGCCACUCAAGAGCACGGCGGCAGUGGCCGGGCGGAGGCCGCGGCGAGCGACGAGGGCGGCCGCCACACAGCGGGUCUUCGGGGCCCCGACACCAUUCACGCGGCUGCCGACCUCGACUUGGCAUGCACCAUGGAUGAGGCCAGAAGAUGGUUCAACUGAGUGAACAAGCUACUCCUUCGAUCGAUGUUUGGAAAGUCGUAUGGUUGGGCUGAUCCUCAUCCAGGUCACAGUGGCGCUCCAUUACCGUACUGAUGGACUAUCUGUUUGUCAGGUUAGACAAACAAAUCUAUAAUGUUGGUAAUAGUAUUGUUUGUAUCUGAUGCUGACCAAGCCUAUUCAAUACAUGACAUAUAAGACUAUUUUUAUAUUUAUCACAUUCACGAAUUGCUUAUUCAAUAAA